AUGCGAAAGUUAUUUGUUUACUCUAAUCUCUUACAUGCUCUGUUUCUUGACCGUACAGCAAACAAAGCGGUAGAAACAAAUGAGAUGUGGAGGAUUCGGCAGAAAGAGAUUGAGCUAGAAGACGAAAGGCGCAAAAGAAAACCAAGAGACGAAAGCAGCAGUAGCCAAAUGGGGCGGAGCGGUAGUCUCUCGAAAAGGAAAUUUGAUAAGAGAUGCAGUUCCGGAGAUGAGAUAAAGGUUACUCAUGCAUCAUCAUCAUCAUCGGACAAAAGAUGGUACUCGGAAGAUGAUGAAGGUUUAAGAGAUGAUGAGAUUGAGUCUUUUCUCCAAUCACGGAACAAACGUGGCAGAGGCUCUGUCGGUACUAGGAUGGAUGAGACAGGUCCUUAUCUUCCCACCGAGAUGGUCGAUAAGUUGCGAAGUUGUGAUGAUAUAGGAGAGCGGAAGGUAGUCCUGGGGCCGGAGAGACCACCUUCACUGAGACAACACUCAGAUGAUAACGAGCGUGGUCGGGGAAUAAGAAAGGAGUCUAUGAAGAAGCGUAGUAAAAAAGACAAGAAAGGAGAAAAGAAGAGAAAACGGGACAGAUACUAGAGAUUUCCUCAUGACAGUGACGUUUCUUUUAGUCCAAGUACUUGCUCCAAUUGCCCGAACAAUUUGUAGAUUAGAUAUGAGCUGUUUUUUAUACAGUACCUUUUCUUGCAGCAACACUGUACGUGGAAAUUUGUUAUACAUGAUCGUUUAUUGUCUUUAUAUUCUAUUGUUCGGCUUACAUUACCACAGAUUUUGUCUUCCCCUGUUCUCCGAGAUCCACUUCUCUAAAGUAUACAGCCUCUUCAUCGAAACCCUUGGCUACUUUCAUCUCCUCGUCAAUGAAGAAACUCACAUGCUGCAUGAUCGUUAAGUUCGUCUUCUGAAUUCCUUUUUGAAGUAAACAAUUUUGAGAAUGUUACACAAUUUUGAUGCUUCUCUAGCCACUCAAGAUGAGAGGCUGACAUAGAAAGAGCCAUUAUCAUUUCUGAAAUGAUGCCUAAUUGCAGGAAUGUGUUUAACCCUUGACCGGUCUACACUCCCUUCUCCACCAAUCCGCUCUACUAGCUGAUGAGAAACAUGACUCAAAUGCAGUUCUUGAAUAUUCACAAGAUUCUCAAUGCCUCUCGGUACCGACUCUAACCCUCUGCAAUCUCUCACAUAAAGUUUCUGCAGGCCAAACAUCGCACCAUCUUCUAUUACAACUUCUCUCAGAUGUUGCAUAUGAACUACGUCUAGAAUCUUCAGAUUAUGAAACCCUUGUGCAAAACACAACCUAGGUCCGAUGUAUGCAUUGUAAAAUGAAAGCCAUACCAGUUUAGGAAGCGCUUGGAUAUAGCGGAUGGCGUUUUCUUGCAGCUGAGAUCCGCGCAAGCCCAAAUAGGUGAGGUUCUGAAGAGUACUGAACCAGCUUGGUACUGUUUCCAGUUUCCCUGCAAGAAAGAGCUUCUCAAUGCUUGCAGUUGCUAUCAGUCCAUCUAUCUUUAACGGUUCCUCUUCGUGAAUGGACGUCAGAGAUAAGAAUCUGAGUCCUUUGAUCUUAUUCAGUGACUCGCAUAAGUCACUUCCAUGCUCUCUUCUAACCAUGACGAGACUUAGUCUUGUGAGUUGGGUCAUGUUCCCCAGGUUCUUGAUAAGCUCAGCUUCUGCGUUGAAGCAGUCCAUGACUUGCAGAUCCUUCAACUGGUAAAUGUUAGGAGAAACCUUUAUACCUAAAACAUAGUUCCAAUUGGAAUCAUGUCCAUAGUUGCAACGGAAAGUGAUCAGAUAACGCAACUUCCGCAACUUGGACAUCCCUGGAGGAAGCUCCUCAAUCUUGGAGUGCCUAGUGUUCAGUGUCUCUAAAUUGACGAGCUUGUGGAAGUUUCUUGGGAGUUCCUUCACUUGGGUUUUGGACAAAUUCAAGUACUUUAAGUGGAACAGAGUGACUAAACAAUCUGGUAGCUUGAUGAUGCCAGAGUCUUCAAGGUCUAAGGCUCUUAAAAGCUUCAUAUUUGGAGGCAGUUCAAUGUUGUGUUUAGUGUAAACCAAAAGAGAGUGAAGGUUUGUUGUACGUACGAUACCUGAUCUCAUCUCUCUCUGGAUGCACAAAUGUCGAGUAUCGUAAUCCUCUGUUGUUUCUGCAUCAUCAUCGUUGUCAUUACUAUACGCAUCACAAAACCUCUCAUCUUUGGAUAUAGAUAGAGUGAUCUCCCUUAUCACGUCAUGCAUCUUGAACAAUUUGGGCCGUCCAAAAGGAUUCCACAAGAUAACUUGAAGCAUAUUUCUGUAAACAAGCUCAUUGAGGUAACCAUCAGCCACUUCCUCUGCUUUCACUCCUCUGAUCGGUUCAACAAACCUUUGUGCCAUCCACAUCCUCACGAGCCUUUUUCUUUUCAUCCGAUAGUUCACAGGGAAAAGAGAACAAUACAAGAAACAACGUUUAAGCGGGUAUGACAAAUCGUUGAAGCUAAGCAACAGGAUGCUUCGAACAACCUUGAGCUCAAGAUUGUUGUUCAACUCCCAAUUCAACGAGUUGUAAACUUUCUUCCAUUCUGAUUCCAACACCUUUGUUGACAUCAUGCUCCCUAAAGAAGCGAUAGCUAAUGGCAGGCCUUGACAUCUCUCAAGCAAUUUCCGUGCUAUCAUCUCCAGGUUUCUCCUUCUGCACUGCUCAAGACUUCCAGAAAACGCCUUGUUGCAGAAAAGCACCCAAGCUUCAUCUUCUUUCAAGAGCUCAAUCUCGUGGUGACGGCUCCCAAUGCCGUAUGAGAAAGAAGCCACGUUAUUGCUCCGAGUAGUUAUCAUAACACGGCUUCCACAAAUACCAUCUGGUAGAGCGAUGCUUAUCUUCCUCCACAGACCAGUGCUCCAUACAUCAUCAAGCACAACAAAGUACCUCUUUGACUGCAGAUACCCUACAAGUUUUUCCACCAGCUCUCUGUAACUAAACGAGUAUAGUUCAGCUGGAAUCUGUGUCUCUGCUUCUUUGUAGAACUCCUUGAUCAUUGUCCUAAACACAUCUUCAAUCACAUAUGAUUUUGAGAUUGUUACCCAAGCGUAUGACCCGAAAUGCUUCCUCACGCUUUGGGACUUGAAGAUAUUAGCAGAGAGUGUAGUCUUCCCUGAACCACCCAUUCCAACCACCGAGACAACUAUCCUUUGAGGUUCUGGACUGAGAAGCCAUCCUAUGAGCUUUCCCUUGGCUGCGUCAAUCCCAACAAGACUGUUUUCGCUAAAGAAGAGAGACGACUCGCUGAUGUUAUUCACCCACUUUGAACCACCACCAUCAUCAUCAUCAUAAGGCAAUAAUGAUGCUCCUUGAUAGUUUUCUGAACGAUGGUACCUUUUCAUGGAUUCAGAAAUGGACUGAAUCAUGACAUUCACCAUUCGUAGCUUCUGAGCUAUCGUGUGCCUCGUCCACAUGUAGCUCGGGAAAUGAAUCGCACGCCAAAGCUUUGUGCAGCUGCGAUAACUAUGGAAGUGAUAAGUAAACUCGUCGAUGAUGUCUUCCACUUUGUAAGCCAAAUCUCUUGUGUUUGCCACGAAAGUUUGAUAGAGUUGGGUGGUUGUUGUUGUGGUGGUGGAUCCAUUUCCACCAUGUUUAUGGGUGUCCUCAAGAAAGGACUUUAUGAUAAGCAACUCCUUCUUCAUCUUCUCAAUCUCGCCAUGGACUCCUGACAACAACAAGGUCUCGUUUUUUAGGAGACUCAGAAUCCGUCCGAUCCCAAAAUCAACUGUAGCUGAAGUCAUCUUCUCUGUAGCUUGAGCUCACGGUCUCUCUUAGUAUCUUUUCCUGAGCUUCUUGAAUUUGAGCAGAGCCAAGCUUUGAUUCGCACUUCUCAUCAC